AUGCGCGCAGCCACAGCAAUAGAAUCCACGUCAUCGGGGUCCGACGAGAUGGUGGCGGUGAGGACGCGCAAGUACUACAUGGCGGGGGGAACGGGCGGCGUGUGGAAGACUAGCGUGUCCCUUUCCCCCCUCAUUUCCCUCCCCCCGUGGGCCAUCCCCGCAACCCCCAAUCCCCUUCCCCCUCCCCUUCCCCCAGUGCGCGCGUCCGCGUCAUCAGGGUUCGACGAGAUGGUGGCGGGGAGGACGCGCAAGUACUACAUGGUGGGGGGGAAGGGCGGCGUGGGGAAGACGAGCGUGUCCGCGGCCCUGGCAGUGAAAUUCGCCAACGAGGGCCAUCGCACGCUCGUGGUUUCCACCGACCCUGCGCACUCCCUCAGCGACUCCUUCGCCCAGGACGUGUCAGGGGGAACGCCUGUGGCUGUGGAGGGAACGGACCUGCCUCUGUUCGCCAUGGAGAUCGACCCAGAGCAGGCGCGCGAGGAGUUUCGGACAGCAACAGGGAAGGAUGGCGGCAAGGGCGUGAAGGACUUUAUGGACUCAGUGGGGCUGGGCGGCUGGGUGGACCAGUUGAGCGAGCUGAAGCUGGGCGAGCUGCUGGACACGCCACCGCCUGGGCUGGACGAGGCUGUCGCCAUCGCCAAGGGUAGGGUUGGAAGGAAUCUGUUCGAGCUGCUGGACACGCCACCGCCUGGGCUGGACGAGGCUGUCGCCAUCGCCAAGGUGGUGCAGUUCAUGCAAUCGCCCGAGUACAGCGACUUCACUCGCAUUGUCUUCGACACUGCACCCACGGGGCACACGCUUCGGCUCCUUUCCCUCCCCGACUUCCUGGAUGCUUCCAUUGGGAAAAUCCUCACUCUCAAGAACAAGAUCAGCUCUGCCACGUCAGCAGUCAAGUCUCUCUUUGGGCAGGAGGAUGGCAAGCCUGACACAGCGGUGGAGAAGUUGGAGCAGCUGAAGGAGCGGAUGGUGAUGGUGAGGGAGAUUUUCCGCGACCAGAAGGCCACCGAGUUCAUUAUAGUCACAAUCCCCACCAUCAUGGCUAUUAACGAGAGCUCCCGCCUGCUGAAAUCUCUGGAGGUGGAGGGCGUGCCAGUGAAGCGGCUUAUAGUGAAUCAGAUCCUGCCCAAAUCCAACAGCGACUGCAAAUUCUGCAACAUCAAACGGAAGGACCAGCAACGGGCAUUAGACAUUGUGGAGGCAGACCAGGACCUGAGCCACCUGAGGGUGAUUCAAUCGCCGCUCUUUGACCUUGAAAUCCGCGGUGUGCCUGCUCUCAAGUUCAUGGGGGACCUGGUCUGGCGGUAG